AGGACGUCGACCCAGAUGUGAUCACUGGCUACAACAUCAACAACUUUGACUUGCCCUACCUCCUGGACCGCGCGGAGACCAAGGGCAUCAGCUACCAGUUCUGCAAGUUGGGGCGCCUGAACGACCGCUGCCGUGGGAAGACCAGGUUUUGAUCCUGACUCUGCUGUUCUGAGCUUGUCUGGCGAAAAGGGGGGCGGGUUCGCCGAGGCUCCGUUUUCAGGUCUUGUUGGAUACCAAGGCCGCAAGCGCAUCAACAACUUUGGCGGCCGCGAGUCCAUAGAGAUCAAUAUUGAUGGCAGAAUCAAUUUCGACAUGCUGACAGUCAUCCAGAAGGAGCAGAAACUGAGCUCGUACUCCUUGAACGCGGUCUCCGCAGAGUUUUUGGGAGAGCAGAAGGAGGACGUCCACCACAGCAUGAUCGGAGGGCUCUUCCUGGAAAGUGCUGACACCCGGCGCCGUUUGGCCGUGUACUGCCUCAAGGAUGCCUAUCUCCCCAUGCGGUUGAUGGAGAAGCUUCUUUGUAUGUACAACUAUGUUGAGAUGGCGAGGGUGACCGGCACUCCCAUCAACUUCUUGCUGAACCGCGGGCAGAUGAUCAAAGUGCAGUCUCAGCUCCUGCGAAAAGCGCGUGAGUGUGACUUCGUGAUGCCCACAAUGAAGUCGGAAGCCUCCAAUGACAAGUUUGAGGGGGCGACCGUGCUGGAUCCUUUGACAGGAUACUAUCCGCAGCCCAUUGCCACGCUCGAUUUCGCAUCCCUGUACCCUUCAAUCAUGAUGGCGCACAACCUCUGCUACUGCACUCUGCUGAAGCCGGAGCAGGUCAAGGAUCUCCAGCCAGAGGACUACACAAAGACCCCGAGUGGAUGCUACUUCUUGAAGAGCUCCAAGCGACGAGGAUUGCUGCCAAUGAUCUUGGAAGAGCUUCUGGCCGCCAGAAAGCGUGCCAAGAAGGCGAUGGCGGAGGCCGAGGAUCCGUUGACCAAGUCGGUUCUCAACGGCAGACAGCUGGCGCUGAAAGUCUCCGCCAACUCGGUCUAUGGCUUCACAGGUGCCACGGUGGGCGUCUUGCCGUGCCUGGACAUCUCGUCCAGCGUCACCGCCUUCGGGCGGACCAUGAUUGACCACACCAAGAAGAUGGUGGAGGAGAAGUACUGCAUCGAGAAUGGCUAUGCCCACAAUGCGCAGGUCAUCUAUGGCGACACAGACUCCGUGAUGGUGAAAUUCGGAGUGGAUACUGUCCCAGAGGCCAUGCGCUUGGGCCAAGAGGCGGCAGAUUUGGUGAGUGCAACUUUCACCAAGCCAAUCAAGCUCGAGUUUGAGAAGGUGUAUUACCCUUACCUGCUGAUGAACAAGAAGCGCUACGCUGGCCUGUAUUGGACCAGCCCGGAGAAGUACGACAAGCUCGAUGCGAAGGGCAUUGAGACGGUUCGCCGCGACAACUGUGGUCUCGUACGGCAGCUGGUGGAGACAUCGCUGAGGACAAUCCUCAUUGAUGGGUCUGUGCCCAAGGCCAUCGAGAUCGCUCAGAAGGCUGUCUCCGACCUGCUGCAGAACAAGAUCGACCUCUCCCUGCUAGUGAUCACGAAGUCCCUGGGCAGAGGGGCACAUGCGGAGGACUACGCGGUGAAGCAAGCUCACGUGGAGCUGGCAGAGCGCAUGCGAAAGCGUGACCCGACGACGGCGCCGGGCAGCGGGGACCGGGUGCCAUACGUCAUCGUGAGCGGCUCCAAGGGCGCCAAGGCCUACGAGCGCAGUGAGGACCCUCUCUUUGCCCUGGAGAACAAUUUAUCUAUUGAUGCGCAGUAUUAUAUUGAACAUCAGCUCCAGCUUCCACUUCUGCGAAUCUUCGGUCCUAUCAUGGGUGACGACAGCAAAGCGCAGUCCCUGCUCUUCUCCGGCGCCCAUACGCGCAAGCUGCACACGCCCACGCCUCAAGGCAACGCCCUGGCCAAGUUUGUGACGAAGAGCUUGCGGUGCAUGGGCUGCAAGGCGAUCAUCAAAGCGGGGCUGUUGUGCGAGCACUGCCAGAAGGAGAAAGCCGCCGACGUCGUGAUCGAACAGAUGCAGGAGUUUCGUCAGAAGGAGGAGGAGUACAACCGCUUGUGGACACAGUGCCAGCGAUGCCAAGGAAGUCUGCUGGAGCCGGUGAUUUGCUCCAACAGGGACUGCGAGAUCUUCUACCGCCGCGCUAAGGCCCGAAAGGAGGUGCAGAUUGCGCAGGAGCAGCUUGCGCGGCUAAAGCUGGACUGGUGAGUUGCAGCCUUACGAUGAGAUGACUUGCUGCAAGUCAUGGGGGGAGAGUGUGAGCCCCUGCCAAAUCUGGGAUGCUUCUGGCUGGAGAGGAGGACAUGACUUCAUCCGCGGUCGAAUGCAGAUGUACCUUUGCCGGUUUUUUUGCUUUGGACAGUGGCUCACUGGGCAGGGGAAUCUUGCCACUUUUCUCACCACGCCAGGGGU